AUGAAGACCGAGAUAUCCACUUCUCUCAACGCUAUCGAGCCCUUUGUUCACCCUUCUCUGUCCAGCCCAGUCGAGCUGCACUCCGGCACAAAUCGAUCUGAUGCAAGUGAAGAAGAGCGCAAAGAAGUCGUUGGUGAAGAUGCCCCAGUCGACGACUCUCCUGUAGCAUACCUGUGCACUGCGCGAGUGGCAAUCAUUGAAGAGCUGGCUGCAUACAAGGAUGAAGUGCAUGAUGCUAAAAUUUGGGCGAUUCGCCACUCACAAGAAAGGUUUGAGGCAAGAGUGGAAGCGCCUCCUGUGCGUCGUCAACGUGUGGCCCUGCAUGGCAAGGCAUACUGGACUCAUGAUGGCAACUCAGUUGCGUCUCCUUUUGCCACAAUUGCGCUUCCAAGCAUGUUCACUGGAAGUGCACCUGAGAAGGCCAAGUCUUGGGCAGACAUGGAUGAUGAUGAUGACGAUUGCGACUUCGAGAUUCCUUGGCUCCAGAAGACCGAAGACUUGAACAGUGAAAACAAGAGCCAGCAGGAUGCGUGUCUCAAUGUAGCAGAGCCGACCGAUCCAGUCGAGAAUGAAGUUGCCCUUGCCGUCAGAGACGCUCGGCUGGAGAAGGACCAUGCCAUUGAUGGAGAGCCGAUACUUGAUCGUCCAGGUGACUCACUGCAUGGUCUUGAAAAAGGGCACAUGAAAGCGAUAGACAUUGUCGACAGGGCAGAGACCACUGCUGCAGCACCUCUUCCAACCCCCUGCCACGAGCAAAAACCCACUACUUCCGUCGCAUGGGCCGAUGUGUCUGACGACGAUGAAGACAUCGAUAUGCCCGACUGGCUCAAAGCUUCGCUUGAAGCGCAAGCCGCCCAGUCUCAAGCUCAAAACGAUUCGCUUGAAGCACCAGGAGAUGAGCGUGUUGAGGAGAGACCACUGGCUGAGCAGCGACGAUGUACUUCUUGGGCAGAUAUGAUGGACGAGGAUGAUGGAGAUGACGAGCUGAAUGUGCCAGGCUGGCUGCAGCAGACAGCGAGAGCUUAUGACACGGAGAUUGCUGCGCUGGAGGAUCCGGCCAGUAUUGGUGUUGCGCUCGUUGAUGAGCCACGAAGACGAUGUACUGUCGGUCGCCUCCACGGAUCGCUCUAUUGGACAGCAAUUGGGUGCGAGAACCGAGACAGCUCGCUGCAUUACGAGUCCAUGUCUGAGGUGGACGAGGUGCAGACGGAGGAUGAUGCUUGGGAUGACGAUAAGACCAUGGAGGCCAUUUACGAUGAAACUGCAAAGCUUUUUGGACUGCCUUGCUACGAUGUCCAGCAGGAUAUUGAUGAAGAUGAUUGGCAAGACGACGGCCGACGUCCAGUAGAUGCAGCCAGAUUCAGUCCUUUCACAACCCACGGCUUCCGUGUACAUUCAGUUGAGAGGCCUGCCUAUUACGUUGCAGGUUCAAUUUUGUCCCUGAUAGACAGGAGCAUUUGGCAUAGCGAAUACUUUAGAUCUGUAGAAUGA